CCCGCGUAAAUCCCCCACGCGCGCCCCCGAAACCAGAUCCUAAACCACGAGCCAAGGAUUUUCCGUCCGUCGUCGCGCCUAGACUUCACCGGCCGGGAUCGAUCUGCUCUCGCCGGCCGCCCGUCGUGUUCCGUCGAUGGGAUACUGGUUCUUCGGCGGCCACGGCGGCUUCUACAUAUCCUCCUAUGACGGGAGCCAGCCUCGACCCGCUGGCCCUCACCGGCCGCUGCUGUAUGGUACUGUGCCAUACGAGGAGCAGAUCCGCCGGAUGGAAGAAGGCGUCCGCCUCCGUCAACGGCCAGCGCCCAACCCCACAGCCUGGAAAUAUUUCAAGAUCUUCACUAGGUGUUUCAUGGCUGCGAUGAGCAUCACGAUGAUGGCUUGGAUAUUCGUGGCGCGAUAUUUCGGUUCGGAUCCUCAGGUGCAGGAUCCCUAUAUUACGAUGGGACUUAUCGUCUUUGCUCUCAUACCAGUGGGAUUCGGCUUCAUCAUAACAGAAGGAGAUAUAGAGACCCAGGACACACGUGCUCAAGGGGAGGCACUGUCAAGCCCGAGCCAUGGAUUUGAGGAUCUUCGUGCGGAUAUGGCUAGGAUUUGUGCAUUUCUCGAGAUACGCUAACUAGUUACUCUCUUGGCUGGAACUGCCUCUAAUAGAAUGCGUCUUGUUUAUCUAAGCUUGCAUCAGUUAUUAUUUUCUUGAGGGGAACCACACUUGUAAUUGCCGUUGUACACAGAAUGAAUACGCAGCAAUUACUAUUUUCUCCAAGAAAUCUGUCUACCU